CUCUCUUUAAGAUCUACCUUAACGACUCGAAGAGCGAGUGGAACAUGUUAUUCGCCAAAGCUGUUGAGUGUUUUCCUAAGGGAUGGAGGAGAUUAGUUCUUCUCUCCUUUGCUGCUUUCGAAAACUCCGUCGAGGAUUGAACCCCGUAGCUGUAUCAUCUCCAGGCAUGUACGGCAGAACAUGUUUGCCGUCUUGUAACGUUUCUCCAGCUCGUAUUCAAAAUCCGGGAGUAGAGUAGUCUGCAGUAAAUGUGUUGGCUGAGUCGUCAGCCGAAAAGUUGGUAAAAAGAGUGAGUACUCGAGUCUCUACGUACGAGAAAAAGUCGUAGCAGGGGUAGAGAACGUAUGUUACCGGAAGACAGGCAUGGAGGUUGAUAUAGACUUUCGCAUCGGUUUGCUCUCCAGUGCCACGUGCUCGGAGUCGUCGAUGCUACAGGCUAAUGGCUAAUAUAGCCCUGUUCGAGGCCAUGCCACCGGCAAAAUUACCUGGAAUAGGUAUGGAUGCAGAGAGAUCGACCUCGCCUCAAUGGAAGAGUAGUACAAUGAUAUAGUAUCACCACAUGUGGCCACAUGUGAGAGUAGUCACUCGACGUGCUACACUAUUGCAUCCGAAUCAUCGAUCCCCAUAUACCGCGGAAGCCAGCAUUUUCACCUCACUUGUCGCCCGCGAGAAGAAUGGUUUCCAAAGGAGAUGAUGUAGCGACGAUAUCGGACGUCGAUGUCGAGCACACUGAGCGGCUUCCCGAUGCUGCGGAAGCCAACGCCCAAGAACACGAGUUGACCUUCUGGCAAGGCAUCAAACUGUAUCCCAAAGCAGUCUUCUGGAGUCUCGCAAUGUCCACGGUCAUCAUCAUGGAGGGCUUUGACAAUAAGCUCCUGCCAACAUUGUACGCUCUGCCCGUCUUCCGCGAACAAUUCGGUCACAUGAAUAGUCACAAGAAGUAUGAAAUCUCCGCCCCGUGGCAAUCAGGUCUCGGCAAUGGAGCUUCCAUCGGUCAACUUGCGGGACUCCUCAUCGGUGGACAUCUGAUUGAACGAUAUGGUUUCCGUAAAAUGAUGCUUGCGGGACAAACGGCCAUUGUUGGUUGCAUCUUCAUUCAGUUCUUUGCCAAAAGCCUCCCCGUUCUUCUGGUUGCCCAGAUCGUCUUCGGCAUCCCGCUCGGCAUCUUCCAAGCAUCAGCAGUGGUGUACGCAUUGGAAUUGGGGCCCUUAUGUCUUCGGGCAUACUUGACCAACUAUAUUCACCUCUGUUGGGCACUUGGUCAACUCCUGGCCGUCGGCAGCGUUCGAGGGCUGCUGAAGAGAGGAGAUGAGUGGUCCUAUCGGAUCCCCUUUGCCAUGCAAUGGAUGUGGCCCACUCUCCUCAUCCCGCUGACCUAUUUUGCACCGGAAUCGCCUUGGUGGCAUGCACGUCGCGGUCAGCCUGCACAAGCCAAAGCCAAUCUCAAGCGAUUGGUAUCUCCCAAAAACACCGAAUUUGAUUUUGACAAGCAUGUCGCCCUGAUGGUAUUGACGACCCGACACGAGCUCGAGAUCGAGUCUGGCACCAGUUACCGGACGUGCUUCCAGGGAACCAACCUGCGUCGAACCAUCAUUGUCAUGAUGAUCUAUUGCGUUCAGACACUGAAUGGCAACCCUUUGCGAGGCUUUUCCACCUAUUUCUUCCAGAAGGCAGGACUACAGACGACCCAGUCGUUCAACAUGAGUAUUAUCCAGUUCGCAGUCGCAAUCCUGGGUGGUAUUACCUCGUGGCCUCUGCUCCCCUUAGCAGGCCGUCGAACGCUCUACAUGACCGGUCUAUUCCUGCUACUGACCAUAAUGGCUUCGAUCGGCGCACUCGGCAUUCCACAAGCUCACAACCCAAAAUCAGACCUCUCCUGGGGAAUUGGCUCGCUGCUCGUCAUAUCAUCCUUCAUCUAUUACGCUUCUGUGGGACCACUCACCAAUACCAUCUGUGUCGAGAUUCCUUCGGCGAUGCUGCGCAGCAAAUCCAUAGCAUUGGCCCGAGGAGCAUACAUUAUCACAACAAUCAUUGCGGGUGUCCUGACGCCGUAUCAGCUCAACGAGGAUGCGUGGAACUGGGGCGCCAAGACCGCGUUUUUCUGGCUGGGAGGAUGUAUCAUCUCCUUCACGUUUUCGUAUUUUUGCUUGCCGGAGACCAAAGAUCGGACGACAGCCGAAACGGAUUAUCUGUUCGAGAAGAAAGUCUCGGCUCGAAAUUUUGCAAAGACUCCUGUCAAUUUCGAGGCUGCAAUCACUGGGGUGGAGGGAAAAGACGUACAAGUCUAG